GCUGCUGCCGCCGCUACACCAGCUGUGCCAUCCUCCUCCUCAACCGCGGAAGUUACUCGUCCACCGUCAAUCUUCUGCGGCGACCUGAAGGCCUACCAACUGCGUGGGCUCACCUGGCUGCUCACGCUUUUUGAUCAAGGCAUUAAUGGAAUCCUGGCGGACGAAAUGGGUUUGGGCAAGACCAUCCAGACGAUUGCUUUCCUGGGCAGUUUAGCAGAAGUGAGUCAUUGCAUUACGACGCUAAGAGUAACUUAG